UGAUUUCAGAGUAAUUUAUAAUUAGCGCUAAAAUAAAUAAAUAAAAAUAAUAUGCUAAUAUGGAGCCCCUCAAUCAAUCAUUAGGCCCCCAAAAGAAAAAAUCUGUGUCUUUUUCUCUUCGUCUUCCUCAAGAAACCAAAUCUCAGUUUCAGAGUUUCUCUUCUUCCCUUCCUUCACACCCCACGCUCAAUGGAAUGCCCUCUUCUUCAACUUCGCUUUCCCUUUCAUAAUUAUUGUUAAUAAUUAUUAAUUACUAGUUAAUUCUACACCCUCCUCUUAACCCAGAUGAUUCAAACCACGCGAUUCCAUUUCACCUUCCUCACAUGGGUUCAACUGCUUUUCCGGAUAUUCGUGCUACGCGCCGCCGCGCAAUCCGCCGUGCAGCCAGUGCCGUCCUUUGCAUCGCACCAGAACUGGGACCCUUCAAUUGCGGCCAUGGUUGGGGCUCUGUUCUGCGCGUUCCUAUUCAUCGGCUUCUUCUCCGUCUACCUCCGCCAUUGCUCCGACGAGGAAGCCGCCACCGGCCAAGCUGGAGAAUGCUCGUGCUCGUGCUCGGAGGGCAUUGACCGGAAAGUCCUGGACACGUUCCCCAUCCUUGUCUAUUCCACCAUCAAGGAUCUCAAAAUAGGUAAAGGAGCACUCGAAUGUGCAGUGUGCUUGAACGAGUUCAAAGAUUACGAGACUCUCCGAUUGCUUCCGAAAUGCAACCACGUGUUCCAUCCUUCUUGCAUCGAAGCUUGGCUAUCUUCCCACGUGACUUGCCCCGUUUGCCGGGAAAAGCUGAACCCAGAUUACGACCAAGUGGCCAUAACGGUUCCCCCACAAUUGAACGUUAUAGGGAGUAGUGAUAAUAAUCGCAGGGAUGAACAUGAGGAAACUGAGGAAAACGAGAGUCGGAGCGGUUCGAGAGGCGGUGAGGUUGAGGAGGACGGUGCGGUGGCUGUCGGAGGAGAUCAGUUGAAGUCGGGGAGGUUGAAGGAGUUGAGGAGGUCGAAUUCGACAGGUCAUUGUGAGGUGGAGAGGUAUACGUUGAAGCUGCCGGAGGAUGUUCGGAAGUAUAUUCUGGUAAACCAUCAUGGGGCCAUGCGGCGGUCGGCGAGUUACAACGUCGUAAUGUCCAUCGGAGGUAGUCCGAGGAAAGGGUUGUGUCGGAACGAGAAGCAGGUUAUCAAGAUGCACAAGGAAGAUAUUGUCCCUACUCCACCACUAGUUCCUUGAAUGUCUCUGGAAGUAAAGAAGAAUUGAAGAAACAGAGAUGUGGCUUGUUAGGAUUUGUUCGAUUACACUUUACUUUCAGCAGAAACAAGGUGUGGACGAGAUCACAAAUUCUUCAUCAGCUUCUUCUGGGAUUGGACUCCGAGUCAACUCGGUCUUCUUUUUGGCUGCAUACAGCUUCGGCGUGCAAUAGCGGAUUCAGAAACCCGGUGAACAAGUCCACUUGGUUUUUAAUUUUCUUUUCUUCUUUCUUCUUUUUUCCCUUUGCUAAUAAUCUAACUCCCUGGGAGGGCAAAAAUCUCAUUGGCUUGAUGCA